UUCAUCUCUGAGGAGGACCUUGAUCGGAUAAAUAUCCUGCAGCAGUCAACAGUCCCUCACAUUCUCAAAAGUACACCACACAGAUUGCAGGUCCAACAUGGCCUCGUUCAUGCAUGUGGUUUCUUCCAUCCUGCUGCUGUCCACAUUAACGUCAGCGCAAAUGAGAGGGGACUAUUCACCGCCGCAAGAUAUAUGUAAACCAAACGAUGGGUUUGGGACAUACUGCCCUACCACAUGUGGAGUUGCUGAUUACCUACAGAGGUACCAGCCUGAUAUAGACAGACAGCUGGAUGACAUGGAACAGGAUUUGAAGGAGAUCGCCAACCUUACCAGAGGAGCACAGGACAAAGUGGUCUACCUGAGAGACUCAGAAACACAAGCACAAAAACAAGCACCAGAUACAUACAUCAAAAAAUCUUCAAGCAUGCUGGAUGAUAUACUGCGAUUUGAGAAGAGCAUUCUCGCUCAGGAAGAUCAAAUAUAUCAACUGCAGUCAAUCCUACAGGCUAACGAGAAACGAAUAACUGAUUUAAAGCAGAUGUCUCUCCAGCUGGACCAACUGUGCAAAGAGCCCUGCAAAGACACUGUGGAGAUUCAGACGGUCACAGGCAAAGAUUGUCAAGACAUUGCAAACAAAGGUGGUAAGGUCAGUGGGCUCUACUAUGUAAAACCAGCCAGGGCUCCUGAGGCGUUCCUGGUCUACUGUGAGAUAGACAGCUUUGGACGUGGAUGGACUGUACUUCAGAGGCGACGGGAUGGCAGCGUUGACUUCAACAAAAAGUGGAUUCAGUAUAAGGAAGGCUUUGGGUACCUCUCACCAGAUGACAGAACAGAGUUCUGGCUAGGAAAUGAGAAGAUACAUCUGCUGUCGGUUCAGUCCAGCGUGCCUUAUGUGCUGAGGAUAGAGAUGGUCGAUUGGGAAGGCAACAAAAAGUAUGCCGACUACGCCACUUUCAAACUUGGACCGGAAGUUGAUUUCUACCGCUUGACGUACGCUUAUUACUUUGGCGGAGAUGCUGGUGAUGCCUUUGAUGGUUAUGACUUUGGCGACGAUCCCAGUGACAAAUUCUACACAUCUCACAAUGGCAUGCAGUUCAGUACACCUGACAAAGACAAUGACAAGUUCGCACAACACUGUGCCUUGCAGGAAGGGACCGGCUGGUGGAUGAACCGCUGCCAUGCUGCUCAUCUCAAUGGAAAAUACUAUCAAGGUGGCAAGUACACAGAGAAGGACACACAGCAUGGAUAUGACAACGGCAUCAUCUGGGCCACGUGGCACAGUCGCUGGUAUUCUCUGAAGGAGACCACCAUGAAGAUCAUUCCCAUCAACAGAAUCGCUGCUGGAGGGCAGGAAAGCGGUGCCAAGCAAUUUGGAGGCCUGGGAGACAUUUAAAGACCUUACCAAAGCUCUCCCCAUUGUUCUGAGCUUUCAUUUUAUUUUUGUGAAACAAUUGUUGAAAUACAUGGGAAUUACAUGGGCAAGGCAUUUUCACGUGAGGGUAAACAUGUCUAUUGAUGUCUGAUAUUUUCCAUUAUUCAAAAAUUAGGUCUGCAUAAGCUUCAUACUCAAGUCAUUUUGGCCAUGUUUUUAAAUUUAAACAACUCAUUUAAAAUGUAAUGGCCUAAUGCAUUGCAUCUGUCAAUGAAUUAAUAAAAAAUUCUCGGUCUUUUGUAAGUGAAA